AUGGAGACGUCCAAAGCAGCCUUCCUGAUGGCAGCGCUUGUCUGCACCGCCGUGAGCGGUAGCGAGACAAUGGAGGGCUACAGCAAAACCGAGGGGGCCUGGCUAAUCUCGAUCGACAAGCGGAUGUAUUCCACCAACACGGCGGAGGAGUGCGCCGCCAAGUGUGACGCGGAGACCAGUUUCACAUGCAGGUCCUUCAUGUACGUGGAAAAGGAUCAAGAAUGUUGGACGGCAAGGGCAAACUCCAAAAUAGAGACAGUCAUGCGCAGAGUCAGCACAACUUUUUAUGAAAAAGAAGGUUACCUCAAGGAGUGUGUGAACGGGAUCGGAACGGACUACAGAGGAACAAAGUCCAGUACAAAGUCCGGAAAGACGUGUCAGCGAUGGGACGCCAAAUUCCCGCACAGGCCCAACUUGACGCCGGAGAGCAAACCCGAGGCAGACCUGGAGUCCAACUUCUGCAGAAACCCCGAUGACGACGCAGGCGGUCCCUGGUGUUACACCACCGACCUUGACACCCGCUGGGAGCACUGCCACGUUCCCAGCUGCACGGAGGACUGCAUCCAUUGCAAUGGCGAGAACUACCGAGGUAAGGUCUCCGUCACCAAGAGCGACGUAGCCUGCCAGCGCUGGGACUCGCAGGAACCUCACAACCACGGCUACAACCCCAGCGCGCUCCCACAGAAGUAUCUGGAGGAGAACUACUGCAGGAACCCGGAUGGAGACCCUCAGCCAUGGUGCUUCACAACCAACCCCAACAAGAGAUGGGAGUUUUGCUCCAUCCCUCGCUGCACGUCGGACACUCCCACCGUGGCCCCAGAGAUCACCUGCGCCACCAAUGAGGGCAGCGCAUUCCGGGGAUCCGUCGCUGUGACAGAGUCCGGCAAAACGUGUCAGAGUUGGUCCGCCCAGAUGCCUCACAAGCACAACCGCUCACCUGAAAACUACCCCUGCAAAGGUCUGGACAACAACUUCUGCCGGAACCCCGACAACGAGAGGAAGCCGUGGUGCUAUACCACCGACCCGAACACCCGCUGGGAGUACUGCAGGGUGCCCACUUGUGGGGACGGACCUGGACCAGACAAUGAGGUCAUUCCCACGGAGGAUGACGACUGCUACGAGGGCGAUGGAUCCAAUUAUCGCGGGGUGACCUCUGAGACCAUCAGUGGGAAAAAAUGUCAGGCCUGGACCGCUAUGAGUCCACACAGACACAACAAGACUCCACGGCAGUACCCCAAAGCGGACCUCAGGAGGAACCUGUGCAGGAACCCUGAUGAAGACCGAGCUCCCUGGUGCUACACCAUGGACCCUAGUGUCCGCUGGGAAUACUGCAACUUGGAGAUAUGUUCCAGACGCCCCCCUGUAAGUGCGCCCACCACUGAAGCCACUACACCUGAAAAACCCUCCACCCAGCUUCCUAUCCAGAAAGAUUGCAAGGUUGGGAGCGGCGCCACUUACCGCGGCUCAACUUCUAUCACCAUCAUGGGCGUGACUUGCCAAGCUUGGCGCGCUCAGACGCCACACCAGCACAACAGUUUCACCCCAGACACUCACCCCGACAAGGGCCUGGAUGGCAACAGUUGCAGAAACCCAGACAAGGACGUGAAUGGACCCUGGUGCUACACAACGGACCGCAACAAGAAAUGGGAUUACUGUCAGAUCCCUGACUGCACAGGCUUGACUUGCGGUACACCCGCCACCAAACCCAAGCGCUGCUACGGUCGCAUCGUGGGGGGCUGUGUGGCCAAACCGCAUUCGUGGCCCUGGCAAAUCAGCCUUCGCACCAAUUCAGGAAUCCACUUCUGUGGGGGAACUCUGAUCCACCCUCAGUGGGUUCUGACGGCCGCACACUGCCUGGAGAGGUCCAAGCGACCGGCGGCCUACAUGGUUCUUCUGGGCACGCACAGGGAGCAAACCGUGGAGUCAUCUGCUCAGCGGAGGGCCCUGGAGAUGAUCGUGCUGGGGCCCAACGGGGCCGACAUUGCACUGCUCAAACUGGAAAGGCCUGCAGUCAUUAACGACAAAGUCCUGCCAGCUUGUCUGCCAGAGAAGGAUUACGUGGUUCCCAGUGGAACCGAAUGCUAUGUCACCGGAUGGGGGGAAACUCAAGGUACGGGCGGCGAAGGCGUCCUAAAGGAAACGGGCUUCCCAGUCAUCGAGAACAAGAUCUGCAACCGACCCUCGUACCUGAACGGCAGAGUGAGAGAGCACGAGAUGUGCGCCGGAAACAUCGACGGCGGCACCGACAGUUGCCAGGGCGACAGCGGGGGUCCUCUAGUGUGUAACGCGCGCAAAAGGUUCAUCCUGCAGGGCGUCACGUCCUGGGGUUUGGGCUGCGCCAAUGCCAUGAGGCCCGGCGUCUACGCACGUGUCUCCAAGUUCGUGGACUGGAUUGAUCGAACCAUCAAAGCCAACUGA